AUGGCACCCGGCUUACUCAACUCAGACGGUUCAAUGGAUGACCAGAAUGGCAACGCCGCCGGGCGUCUUAACGCCAACUUCGAACCCAACGUAGACACCCUCACCCUUCUCCGAAGCUUGCCUGAGCCCCCCAUAGAGUCUCAGGUAUGCGUUGUUGGCGCUGGACCCGCCGGUCUUAUGUUGGCUGCCAAUCUUGGCCGUUUCGGUAUCAAGGUUGAGGUCAUUGACGACAGAGCCGACCAGACACCUGUUGGAAGAGCAGAUGGAUUGCAGCCCAAGACGAUCGAGACCUUCCGACAGAUGCGCCUGGCCGAUCCUUUGUUGAAACGAGGCGUUCGCGUUUACGACAUUUCCUUUUGGCGUAGCACCGCCGACGAGCCACUUCACAGACUGGGCCGCGAGGUUCACUACCCUCCCGUCAUUGACGUCCUGGAUCCCUACAUUCUUUUGGUACAUCAGGGCAUGGUUGAAGGCCUCUUCAUCGACGAUUUGAAAAAGCGUGGAGUCGAGGUGCGAAGAAACACAGCAUUUGAGUCCUACAGCGUGCCAGAAGACAAGUCUGGUCCUCUCCAGGUCAACUGUCGCACAAACGUAAAUCAGGACCGCCGGACGAUUUUGACUCAGUACCUUAUUGGAUGUGAUGGUGCACACUCAAAGGUACGCAAGAGUAUUCCAGAUGCGCGGGCCAUUGGCUUGUCGCAACCCGCCAUCUGGGGUGUUCUCGACGGCGAGCUGAUUACCGACUUCCCCGAUAUCUGGUCUAAGACGCUAGUUUACUCUCAAGAGUACGGCUCGAUUCUGAUCAUUCCGAGAGAGAGAAACAUGACCCGUUUCUACAUCGAGCUCAAAGCAGGCCCCAAAGCUGACAAGCGAGAGCUUGGCCAGGAGUUCGUCAUGGCUCGCGCGAAGAAAAUCAUGGCGCCGUUUGAGGUUGACUGGAAGUACAUUGAGUGGUUUGGUCGCUACCAGAUUGGCCAGAGAGUGGCCAGCCGGUUCUGCGACUCCCAUCUGAGGGCGUUCCUUGCUGGUGACGCCAGUCACACGCACUCUCCAAAGUCGGCUCAGGGCAUGAACACCUCUAUGCACGACUCUUGGAAUCUGGCGUGGAAGCUCAACCUGUCACUUCGUGGCCUUGCGAAGUCCGUACUGCUCGAGAGUUACGAGGAAGAGCGGAGAAAGAUCGCUGUAGACCUCGUUAACUUUGACUAUGAGCAUGCCAACCAGAUUGCUGGCGGCGAUGCUGUGGCGCUGGCGGAGAACUUCAAGACCAACGUCCGUUUCAUCUCCGGUAUUGGCGCCGAGUAUGCCGAGAGCCUUCUCAACAGGUCCGACCCCCAGGGUCUGGUCAUGGGAGAUGCCCGUCCGGGCUGCUUGCUCCCUCCCGCCAAGGUCACUCGUUACAUUGACUCAAACCCCGUUGAUGUGCAGCUUGAUAUUCCCAUGCUCGGCCAGUUCCGCAUCUACCUCUUGAUGUGGGAUAUUCAGGCUUCGAGCCCCUUCCUAGAGACUUUCUGCCAGUCUAUCGCCUCGGCCAACUCCUUCAUCAGUAAGCUGUCCGCUUCUGCCAGCGCCUCGUACGCCGCGCAGCCCAGAUUGCCUUCUCCGGAAGAUAUUUACUCCCGGCCCGAGCGAUACACUGCUGUCAGCCAUCUCUUCACAUUUGCCUUGAUUACCACCAUGCCGAAGGCCGAUGUGGAGAUUUCAGACCUGCCGGCCCUCCUGCAGGACAGCCGCUGGACGUUCUACCUGGACGACAUUCCAGAGCAGGACACGCGCGGCCAGCUCUGCACCAACAAGUGGCUCGGCAGCCUCGGCCCUGGAGAGGUCGCCAUCGUCAACGUACGACCUGACGGUUAUGUUGGCUCCGUCGGCAGGUGGGACUCGAGCGUGGACGAUGCUGGUGAAGAGGCUGCUCGCUGGUUGGAUGCGUACUACGAUGGCUUCCUUCAGCUGCCUAACGGCUCAUCUCCUACCGCAACCCCAACCCCCAUGACAGUUUAG